CACCGUUUUCGGAAUUGCUGAAUAUAUUUCUUGUCACCAAGCAACUCUCGCAGUACACAUUAUACACAAUGGCCUCCACCAACUACCGCGAAGCUUUCCAGCUCUUCGACAAGCGUGGCAACGGCCGUGUCGACCGCGGUGCGCUGGGUGACCUCCUCCGCGCAUGUGGACAGAACCCUACACUGGCUGAGAUUGCCGAUCUCGAGCGCGGUGUUGGCGCAGACUUCGACUUCGACACCUUCUCCAAGAUCCUCAACCGCCCCGGCGGCUUCCGCGAACCCUUUGACAUCGAGGAAUACAUCCGCGGCUUCCAGGUCUUCGAUAAGGACCGGAGCGGGUUUGUCGGCAAGGGUCAGAUCAAGUACAUUCUGACCAACCUGGGAGAGAAGAUGAGCGAGGAGGAGGUCGAUGAGCUGUUCAAGAGCACCAUCGAUGCAAGCAAUAACGAGGUGGACUACAGGGAGUUCGUCAAGACUAUUGCGGAGAACUAAACGUUGGUUCUUGCAAUUCUUGUUCGUCCCUUCUUCUCCUUCUCCAUUGAGAUUUUAUGCGAGCAUGUCUGAAACGGGUCACGGUUUUUUGCAUGCGGAUUACGUCGGCGUUGGAAUUGUCUUAACAUGAUACAUAUAUACACUUCUUUGAUAUCUGCACAUUGUAGGGCAGCAGGGC